AGCAGGUAGAGGAUGGAUGAUUCUAGAAGACAGCCGAAUCGCAAUCCAUUCCCACAACGCACAUGGCCGGCGGAGGCGGAGGCGGUGGCGCCGGGUCGGGAGAGGUGGAGGCGGGGUUCGCCAAACUUCAGGGCGAGGACUUCGAGUACUACAUGCAGACCUACUCCAUCAUGCUCGGCCGCACCAGUAAGAAGUCAACUGUCGACGUUGACCUAUCCAGCCUCGGCGGUGGCAUGAACAUCUCCCGCCACCAUGCCCGCAUCUUCUACGACUUCCCCCGCCGGCGCUUCGCCCUCGAGGUCAUCGGUAAGAACGGCUGCCUCGUCGAGGGCGUUCUGCACCUGCCCGGUAACCCUCCCGUCAAGCUCGAUUCCCAAGACCUCCUCCAGAUUGGUGACAAGAAAUUCUACUUCCUCCUCCCCAUCCGAUCUAUGUUCGCCACAUCCGCCGCCGUCCGUCAGCUCCACCCCCCUGUCCCCGCUCCGCCCCCGACGAUGCCUGUCCCUCCGAUUCUGCCGCCUUUCGGUCGAAAAGGGCGGCCACGCCAGACAGACUUGUGGGAUGGUUCAUACGACGACGAGGCUGAGGAGGACGAGGGGGACGGAUUGGAGAAUGAUGGUUUCGCCCGAGCUGGGCUGAUGAAGGUGCGAAAGGUGUCCGGUGAGAUAGAAGGAUCCGGAGCAGGUUAUGGGGCUGGGCUCGCAGUGACUGUCGCUGGGAAGGCUGGACCUUCAGAGAGAAAGUCUGAAGCAAGAUCAAGGAUUGACAGGGAUUCGGAUAACCAUCAACUUUUACAAUUGGAAGAGAAGGAUGUUGUCUCAUCUGUAGCCACAGUACUAUCUGAUCUUUGUGGACCUGGAGAGUGGAUGCCUAUGGUAAAACUUCAUGCAGAGCUUGUGGAACAAUAUAGCAAUGUGUGGCACCACAGCAGAGUUAAGAGGUACCUCACAUCCGAGGACUGGCCCCCUCUUGAAACCAAAGGAAGACCUUGGUUUGGCCUCCUUACGCUGCUUCGGAAAUACCCAGAGCACUUUGUGAUCAAUACAAGAUCGAAAGGGAGGAUAACAUCCGAGUUUGUUUCCCUGGUGUCCUUGCUAUCUUAACCUUGUCACUGCAACGCAGCUCGUACGUGCAUUGUCUUGAAAAUAAAAACUAUGUCGCAGAGUUUAGAAAUUUACAUACAUGUGUGGUCUUUAGUUUAGAGUGUUGGAUGCCAGAGAACUUUGUGUUUGCUGUAAUCACUUGCGACAGCGCAGCUGCUAGUUAAUUCCCAUCAUUAAAUAUUAAAGAGACACUUUUUAUCAAA